AUGUAUCAGGUACAGCAAGAGGCUCUACAGAAUAAGACACUAGUGGUGUUUAGAGUUAGGAUCGGUGACCACAUGACUGGAGGAGAUAUAUUUGGUAUUGUACAUGAAAAUACUUUGUUGAAGCACCGACUUGCACUUCACCCAAAGGCUCGGGGAACUGUCACAUAUAUAGCACCCCCAGGAAAUUACAGUGUUACUGAUGUUGUGUUGGAAACAGAGUUUGAUGGAGAAAAAUCACAGCAUACUAUGUUGCAGAUUUGGCCUGUGAGACAAAUGAGACCUGUGGCAGAAAAGUUAGCAGCUAACUAUCCUCUGUUAACAGGCCAGAGGGUAUUAGAUGCUCUUUUCCCGUGUGUUCAAGGAGGAACAACAGCUAUCCCGGGAGCCUUUGGUUGUGGCAAAACUGUUAUCUCCCAGUCCCUCUCCAAGUUUUCCAACUCUGACGUCAUUAUCUAUGUAGGAUGUGGAGAAAGAGGAAAUGAGAUGUCUGAAGUAUUAAGAGAUUUUCCAGAGCUAACAGUUGAGAUUGGAGGAGUAACAGAGUCCAUUAUGAAGCGUACAGCUUUGGUCGCCAAUACCUCCAACAUGCCUGUAGCUGCCAGAGAAGCUUCAAUUUAUACAGGUAUCACGCUGUCGGAAUAUUUCCGCGACAUGGGUUAUCACGUGAGUAUGAUGGCUGACUCCACGUCUCGUUGGGCCGAAGCUCUUCGUGAGAUUUCUGGUCGACUGGCAGAAAUGCCCGCAGACAGUGGUUACCCAGCAUACCUUGGUGCCCGACUGGCUUCGUUCUAUGAGCGCGCAGGUCGUGUUCAAUGCCUCGGAAACCCACAGAGGGAGGGAAGUGUGACAAUUGUCGGCGCAGUAUCCCCUCCUGGUGGAGAUUUCUCAGACCCCGUGACUUCUGCUACGCUGGGUAUUGUCCAGGUAUUUUGGGGCUUGGACAAGAAACUUGCUCAAAGGAAGCAUUUUCCGUCCAUCAACUGGCUGAUCAGUCACAGUAAAUACAUGAGAGCGUUGGAUGAUUUCUACGAGAAAAACUAUCCAGAAUUUGUGGCGCUCAGAACAAAAGUCAAAGAAAUCUUGCAAGAAGAGGAAGACUUAUCUGAGAUUGUACAGCUUGUGGGAAAGGGCUCAUUGGCCGAGUCAGAUAAGAUAACACUUGAAGUAGCAAAGCUGAUCAAGGAUGACUUCUUACAGCAGAACGGCUACUCGUCAUAUGACCGUUAUUGUCCGUUUUACAAGACAGUCGGCAUGCUGUCCAACAUUGUAGCGUUUUACGAUAUGGCUCGGCACGCUGUAGAGACAACGGCUCAGUCUGAUAACAAGAUCACGUGGGCGGUGAUUAAGGAAAAUAUGGGGCAGAUUAUUUACCAGUUGUCAAGUAUGAAAUUUAAGGACCCUAGCAAAGAUGGCGAGAGAAAGAUCAAAGCGGACUUUGCAGAACUCAGUGAACAAAUGCAGCAGGCUUUCCGAUCUUUGGAGGACUAGAAAUUCCAUCUCUUCUUUUAAAUACGGACAACUGAUAUUGGCUUCAUGUACACUUCUUAUUUGGACAAAAUGGAAACUAAUAUAAGGAACGAUAUAAUUACCCUAAGUGAAACAAUAAGCGUUCCAUUGAUUUGCGUCGUAUUCAGAUUGUUCGAAAUUCUUGGUCAGAUUAUGUUGUCGUUAGUGAGUGAUUAGGAGUUUAAGCAAACCCGACGGCAACGCCAAGGGCAACUUGGGUUAUAAAAAUGAAUUUAUAUUCAAACUACGAGUCUCGAGAGAAUCUAGACUCAUUCAGUUUGUCUAUCACUGUCAAAACUACCCCAAAACUGAAUAUGUAAGACAGAGGUGAAGUUCGAAAAGAGAUGUUAAAAAUUGGCCUUCUUGAUUCACAUUCUGUAGAUUAUGAGGAGUGUGGUCAUUUCACGUUCUUGUUUUGUAGCGAACGGCAAAGAAAUGUACCAAGAAUUACAACGCACGUGUACAGCCAUUUUACUGCUCAUAAAAUCUUUUUAUUAGUGACGCUGCCGUUUCCGUUGCCGUUGUGGUUUGCUUAAACUACUCCCUAUUGCGUACAGCUCAGGAUAUCCCCCUGGCAUGCUGCAUGCAUAGUCAGCGUAACGAGUACGUUUCGUCGGAAAUCCUCGUAAUCCCCGAACACUCCCGAUUACAACCAGAAACUGGCGCGAGCACGCAUGACCGAGUCGAGCAGUUUACGUUGCUUAGCGACUGUCUCUGACCAAUAGCACGGGCUCAGUUAAAGGUUUCCGAGCUGCCUUGGUUUUUGUUUUCCCGCCCCGCCUGAGAGAAAAAUUUAAAGUUAAGUGUAGCUUUAUUAUUUUUCUUGUAUAAUUUGAGAUUAUGCUUACAAUAACUUGGGCUAGUUGAGUGGUUAGUUAGCAAUGUGUGUUUUCAAAGUUUCGUGCCAAAGUAGGUCCUGGAAUUGUUGUGAAUGGCACACUGGAGUUAGUAAUGGUUUUGUAAUUUAUUCUUUACACUAGAUCAUAAAUUUAGUCCAGAUUAAAUAAAUUAUUCACAAUCGAUUUUGAUGUAUAACUUAGAUCUUCCAAAGUUAAUUUCGGGACUGAUCGACCACAGACCCAGAGGGGGAGUAUGUAAUCAUUUAAAUUAGGAAUUUUAAAAUUAUUCGUUUUGCAUUUUUACUCCUCCCCCUCUGCUCUUAACGAACAAAACAAGACAUGGAUACUAAAUACCUGCUAAAUGGCGUUUAAAGUUUGUAAAUUUUGACAGUGAUCGCGGAGUUAGUAAUGUUUUGUAGGAUUAUCACUAUAAGGUAAUCUGUGAUUCUAGGCUAUUUGUAUUGUGAUCAGUACUUGUGUGUUAUGUGCUGAAGAUGGAAUGAAGCAAUGGAAUUCGUGUAUUUAAAUUCAUUAAAUUGUAUUUCAAUGUU